CCCAUUGCGGUUUCGCAUCACCGCAACGCCGUGCGCAAACCUCAAAGCCACUUUCACUGUCGACAUGCAGACUGAUUGAGCUUCUCAUUCCCUCACUACCACGUCCGCCCCUUCCUCGUUGCUCAGCGCGUACCUGAAGCGUGUUUACUCAUAAACACCACACAACCGCACAUUCUUAGAUCCGCUCGCCAAUAUGUCUUUCAGCUUUGGAAACGCCGGAGGAGAGAAGAAGACAGGGACACUGUUUGGGAGUACAACUGCGCCAGCCGGAGGUCUUUUCGGCGGUUCGCUGCAACAACCACAGCAGUCGACUGCUGCGGCACCUAGCUUGUUCGGCACCAGCACAGCAGCGCCUCAGACUGGCGGUCUGUUUGGAUCGACACAGCAGCAACCACAGCAGAACACUGUAUCCAACUUGUUUGGCGGACAACUUGGGCAGCCCCAGCAACAGCAGCAGCAAUCACAACAACAGACCUCAAGCCAGUGGGGCCAGACCCAAAAUCAGCAGCAGCAGCAACAGCAACCCCAGCAACAGCAGCAGUUCGGCAACAGCUUGUUUGGAUCCUCUCUACAACCUGCGCCAGGAUUGAACCCUAUUCAGGCGCAGAGCCUCCAGCAGACCCGCGAUGGGCUGCCUCAGCUGCGGCAGUCAACAGCUCAGCCUUAUGCUGGUGCAUCAAUUAGCGGUCAUCGCGAGAAGUCUGUCCAGCAACAGAUCCAAGUGUUGAACGGCAAAUGGGACCCCGAGAACCCUGACUGUGUCUUCACACAUUAUUUCUACAACUCGGUCAAGCCCGAAGAAGCACCGUUCUACGGACCCCAGCCGGGAGAAGAUGAGAGGAAGUGGGAAGAAGCUCUUUCGAAGAAGCCUGCCCCUGGCGCCAUCCCUGUACUGGCGCGCGGUUUCGAGCAGGUAGCAGAACGCAUACGCCAGCAGCAGAUGGCUGUUACUGCACUUCGAACGCGCCUCCACGAGAUCAACAAUAGCCUUUCAGUGCUGAAGGACACCCACGAGCUGAAUGUCGCAUCGCGCAUCACCGAGGCAAAGCGAAAGCACAUUGUAUUCACACAGCGGACACUGGCUCUCGCGACAAAGGUGCAAAUCCUGAGGAACCGAGGAUAUGUCAUGGACACACAGGAAGAGGAGCUGAAGAAGAAGCUUGUCGAGCUCGAGAAGAAAACCUUCGACCCUGUACUUGGAGGGCGGCAAGAGGAGAUCUGGGCGCGUAUGUCAGGCGUGCGCGAAAGGGCGCGGAUACUGCAGGAGGAGACAGAGAAGCUGGGCAAGAAUAUCGAGAGCCAGCAGAACGGCGAGCUGCUUUCAGAAGAAGACCAGAAGGCGCUAGAGAAGCUCCUGAAAGACUACGAUAGACAACUCGAACACCUUAAAAAAUGGGUCGACGACACCAAACAAGAGUACGACGAGUACGAGAAAGUCCAAGAGCAGAAGCCAGCGACGCGAUGAGUAUAGAACAUUGGCAUGUACGAUUGGAAGAGCAUUUAUCAAUCAUCUCAUUGGCGAAAAGGUUGGCAUUGCGGAUACCACAUUGUGGCUCAUCGAGUCCAUAGC